AUGAGGCUGCGAAUCCUGCACUUGUUCGUCCUUUCGACUCUCCUUCUCCUGGUCGCAGCAUGGUCCAAGGAUGACUACGAGAUCUUCAAACUCAAGGACGAAGUCGAGGCUGCCGAAGGUUCAGAUGUCUCCUUUUACGAUUUCCUAGGCGUCAAGUCCUCCGCGACGGUCGAUGAAAUUGGUAAAGCUUUUCGAAAGAAAUCACGGGCGUUGCAUCCCGACAAGGUCAAACAUUCCUAUGUCGCUUCACGGUCGACGCCGAAACCCAAGAAGGCAGGGGAGAAGAAGAAGUCUGGAGUGCAUGUGUCCAAGGGGCCGUCCGAGCGAGAACUCCAGCGAUUCACAAAACAAGCAGGAGAAAGAUACAGUCGCUUAGGUGUGGUUGCCAAUAUCCUCAAAGGACCGCAACGAGAGAGGUACGAUUUUUUCUUGCAACACGGCUUUCCAGCAUGGCGAGGAACCGGCUACUACUACACCAGAUACCGUCCUGGGCUGGGGACGGUCUUGGUCGGGUUGUUCCUGGUAUUUGGUGGAGGGGCGCACUAUUUUGCGUUGGUCACAAGCUACAAACGACAACGUGAUUUUAUGGAGAGAUAUAUCAGAUAUGCCAGAAAGACUGCCUGGGGUGACGAGUUGGGGAUUCGUGGCAUACCCGGCGUAGCUCAACCCGUCGAAGUUCCUGAGACCACCGAGGAGCCGGAUCCAAUGGCAAAUUUGAAUCGACGCCAGAAGCGAGAAAUGGAGCGACAGAACAGAAAGGAAAAGCCAGGCAAGACCAAACCAGCACCCAAAGCACGUCCUGUUCAGUCUUCUCCAGCAGAGCGACGACGUGUGACUGCUGAGAAUGGCAAGGUUUUGAUUGUCGACUCAAUGGGGGAUGUGUUUUUGGAAGAAGAGGACGAAGACGGAGAUGUUCAGGAAUACCUGCUUGACCUCGACGAGAUACAUAAACCGACAAUCUGGGACACCGGCGUUGUUCGCCUUCCCGUAUGGCUGUACAGAAAGGCGUUCGAUCCUUUUCUAAAGAACACCGACCCUAUCCCCAGUGACGACGCUGCGCCUUCCGUCAUAGAGACAGUGUCCGAGACGAUAGAGAGUGUCGUACCAGACAAGUUGACAAGUUCGGACCUCAGCUCCAGUCAGGACUCUGGAUUUGAGAUUGUGGAUUCGACUGGAAUGGAGACUGAGCCGGAGAAGGCAUCUGGGGUAAAAAAGAGAGGCAAAAAGGGCAAGAAAUGA